AUGGAAAGUAACCACGAGCCAGUCAAAAAUGAAAAGGCUUAUUGGUAUUAUCAAUCAGAAGCGAAUCCUUGGUCGAAUACGUCAAUCAAUGAUUCAAAUAAAAUAAUAUGGACUAAAUAUCGAGAUCUUGAAAUAGAUCUUAUUGAAGAAGCGUAUCAAGAAAAAAAACCCUGUGUCAUAUUAGAUCGAUAUAGUAUUAAUUUUAAAUAUUUGAUUCAAAUAAAUCUAAAUGAUCAAACAAAACAACGACGAGUGAAACGUGAAAUAGCUUCUAAUCUAAUACAAUGUCUACGCGAGAAUCGUUUUGGGUCAACAGUUGCAAUAACAUCAACAUCUCCUUAUGGUAAUGGUGAUUCUUGGUGUCCAUUUUUAACAGCUUGGCUCAAUUCUUCGUCGGGCAAACAAGCCUUUCUUCACUUUCCUAAAUGUAUCGAACGCUGUGCUCAGGGUAUUAUAAGGGAAGCUGUUUUACAUGAUAGCAAUAGUAAUACAGAAGCAACGUAUAUGGCUGAAACACUUCGUAAAUAUUCUGGAAAAUCUCGUAGGGAAAUAGCUGAACUCUGUAUUUAUUUUUAUACAAAAGACAGUUUUCUAUAUUAUGUUCUAAAUAAAGCAUUGCGAGAACAUGAUUCUUCGAAAUUCGAAACAUUGGGUCCAUUGUGUUAUCUUAUUCGUGAUUAUUCUCGUCGUUCAAAAGAUUAUAUCGGUACAGUUUAUAGAGGAGUACAAUUGACCUAUGUGGAAAUAGAAGCGUACAAACAGCAUGUAGGCGAAUGGAAAACUUGGCCAGCAUAUACAUCAACUAGUCAAGAUCGUCAAAUGGCUGAAAUGUUUGGAAAUACUCUCUUUGUAAUUGAAAUAACUGAUGUUAAACUUUCUGCACCUCGUGCUCAAGACAUUGCUCAUUUAUCCAGUUAUCCAAAUGAAAAAGAAGUACUAAUGCCAGCUGGCGUUUCAUUUCAAAUUCUAAAAAUUGAACAAGAUGAAUCACAAAAAUAUAUUAUUCAUGUUAAAGUAUAA